CGCUGCUGCUACCAAAGCAGGCGCAAUGCCCACGUCGCUGGCAUUGCCGCUGCCCGCCGUGGGGGCGGUCGCAGCGUCGCCGGUCACCGCCGCAGGGGUAGCGACGCUCCACAGGUCUCGUCCACUCCGCCUCGUAGCGACUCCAGCCGCCACCGCCUCUUCUCCGCACUCUACUUCAACCUCUGCCGUCUCCAGCGCGCCGCCGUCGGCGAGGGAUUCCCGCAAGCACCUGGCGGGCAGGGACGGCGCCCCGUCGGAGCCCACCAAGCCCCGCGUGUUCUUCCUCGACGUCAACCCGCUCUGCUUCCGCGGGUCCCAGCGCAGCCUCAGCGCCUUCGCGCGCUGGCUCGCGCUCUUCUUCGCGCACGUCAGCCUCCGCGACCCCGUCGUCGCUGUUUUUGACGGGGAAGGAGGGAACGAGUACCGGAGGCGGCUGCUACCGUCGUACAAGGCUCAUAGGGCUCGCGGCGUCGGCACCGGCGCUGACUCGCGCGUCGUCGACGUUCUCCGCGAAUGCAAUGUCCCGGUUGUAAGAGUCCACGGAUACGAGGCAGAUGAUGUGGUGGCUACCUUGACAGAACAGGUUUUACAGAAAGGUUAUAGAGUUGUCAUAGCAUCGCCGGAUAAAGACUUCAAGCAGCUGAUAUCAGAUGAUGUUCAGUUAGUUAUGCCCAUUCCUGAGAUUGGGCGAUGGUCUUUCUAUACAUUAAGGCAUUAUGUCGCUCAAUACAAGUGCGAUCCAACUGCAGAUUUAAGCCUUCGGUGCUUCAUGGGUGAUGAAGCAGAUGGUGUUCCAGGAAUCCAGCACUUGGUUCCGGGAUUUGGUAGAAAGACUGCAGUGAAACUACUGCAAAAACAUGGUUCAUUAGAAAACUUGCUAAACACAGCUGCAAUUAGAACUGUUGGCAAGGAUUAUGCUCAGGAUGCCCUCACUAAGCAUGCUGAUUACUUGAGGAAAAACUACGAAAUACUUAGCCUGAAAAGGGAUGUAAAUGUUCAGCUUGAUGACAGUUGGUUAUCCACGAGGAACACAUGCAAUGACACCAGUGUUCUAUCUGACUUCAUCCAUAAAUUCAACAUCGAAGGCAGAAGCUAAAUAGCUGGUAUAACUGAAUAUCUGGACCAGUUGGAUUUCUCCCUCACAAUCCACAUGAUUUAACAAGAAAAGAGGGAUGUAUAAACGUUGGAAGGGGGCAGUUCCAGAAAAAUUUGUGUAUACUAUAUCUUUGCUCCAAAGUAGUAGUCAUCACACAUUCUUGCCUCUAAUAUGUGAAUGUGGUAGUCUACCAGGUUCAAGCCGUGUGCCACAGAGGUUUGAAACGACUGUUCGGUUCGCUGGAUUACCAGCCAGCGCUGGCUUAUUUUCCCCUGUAGCUACAGUGCUUUGUGAGGAGAGAAUCACCCAGUCGCUACAGUGCAUUAAGCUGGGAGACGCCACCGGCCCCACCGGCCAGCCGCUGAAGCCCCAGACAGCGCUGGCUGGAGCCAGCGAAUCGAACAGGUCGUGUCUUUGUGGUAGAUGAUGUCCUGGACAAGCUUGAAGGAACGAGGAUCUCCUAGAACAAGCUGUAAUGGUGGUACUACUGCUCUGAGAUUCGUCAAGUACCUUGCCAGAAGAUUUGACAUUUAGUGUACUUUAUUCUUGGUAGCUGUUCGUUGAUGUAUAUCAUUAAAUACGAUUAUACAAGCGCUUUGCUGUAUGUUUGUACUAACUGCCAAUUGUCAUCUUCGGCAUUCCAUACGAAGUUAUAAUGCCAUGAGAACCGACGAUUCUGCUCAGCUUUGUUUA